AAAAAUUUAUUGAAAUAAUUUACAAUUUUUUUAUAAAAUGAAAAUGAAGGAAUAGGAGCAAUAUUUCAUUUCUACAAAUAAAAGUUCUAUUUAUAUUUUCGAAAAACCAAAAUGGCUUUAAACACUUGUGGGAUCAUAGUGAAAUACUUGCUCUUCGUUGUCAAUUUCGUUCUCUUCGCUGGAGGAUUAACAAUUUUGACACUGGCGAUCAUAGCCAUAACCACGAAUAUGAAUAUGAAGGCGAUCCUAGGUUCCAAUCUGUAUUCCAGUUCUGCUUACAUAUUAAUAGCUGCCAGUUUGCUAAUAAUCAUUAUUUCUUACCUAGGAUGUUUUGGAACUUACAAAGAGUUAAGAAGUAUGCUAAUCAUAUAUACGAUUAUUCUUUUCGUACUAUUUCUUGUCAUGCUGAUUGGUGCUAUAGUUGGAUACGCUUUUAACUCCAAGUUUCAAGAUGCUACAAGAAAUAAAAUGAUUGAUGUUGCCCAGAAUAACUAUGGGGUUAAUCAAUUCUGGACAACAGUUUGGGAUUCUUUACAACAAGAGUUAAAAUGCUGUGGAAUAGAUGGCAAGACAAUUCCAUCUGGUUAUGGUAUCUGGCAGAAUUCUAUGUGGUACAGAAGCAAAAGUCAAGCGGAGAAGAUCAACCGAAUUCCAUUAUCAUGCUGCAACGCAAACGCUGGUAUUGAACAAAAGACGCUUUGUCAAAAUCUUGAAGCUAUCGGGAUGGAUUAUUUUUAUACAGAUGGUUGUUAUCCAAAGGUAAUGCUACUUUUCCAAUCCAAGACAUUAAUCUUUUCAGGAGUCGCGAUCGGCGUUAGUAUUCUUAUACUGAUGUCUAUGGUCUUUUCAUUAAUAAUAAUUCAACAAACGAACAGAUGAAGAAAAGAACAUUCUUACUUGAGAAAGAAAUAGAUAAUAUAUUACAUUUCGAUAGAAUCAAUGUUCUUAUUAAAUUAAUAGCAUAUAAUAAGCGCACAUUUUUAACUCAAUAAGACUUGUUUCAAAUAAGAUGUUUUUUUUUAAAAAAGGUGAAAAAAAACCUUAAAAGAUCAAGCCUCCCAAAUAUAACUAUAUUUAAAAAAAAAAUCUUACUAAGACGUAACCAAAAUUAGCGUCAUAUAUUUUUAUAGCAUUAAAUUUGUUUAAGGUUAUAAAAAUUAUAAUUUAGAACUGAUGUUUUCUUUAAUGGUCUCUCGAAAUGAAAAAAAAGUCAUGUUUGGAAUUUACCUAAAAUUUAACUAAAUGAUGUCACUUAAGUGAGAAAAAAAAUAUUUAAAAAAACAGAGAUUAAAAUUUAUGUAAUUUUUUCUUCGUUCUUGAGAUUAUAAUUUAACUCGAUGUUUAUUUUGUAAGAUGAUAUUCAUUUAUUAAUUGUA